AUGUACUCGAGUAUAUCGGGAGUCCAAACUUCUACGAGACUUGAUACACAAGUCUUACAUGACAAACUUUUACAAACAUACAACAAAGAUCUCGGACCUAAUUUCAACCAAUCGCAACCAAUUCUUCUUCAACUGUCGUUCAAUUUGUUCACUCUCAACGAAUUCGAUGAUAUAGCCGGAAAACUUGUGUUCCUUGGACUUUCAAACAUUGAAUGGCGGGACGACAGGAUGGUCUGGAAUCCCCUUGAACAUGGAAACACAACUACAGUGAUGAUGCCACAGUCUAAGGUAUGGAUCCCACAUCUGUUCGUUGCAAAACCACAUACUAAUGUGAAAAAGAUUGGGUAUGAUUUCGUACAAGUAACAUACACUUCUGACGGAUGGGCACGUUGGGCUGUCCCAGACUUGUUUGAUAUUUCAUGCACAGCAGAUAUAGCUUACUUCCCUAUGGACCGACAAAAAUGUGAGAUAUACAUCAGUCCCUGGUCAUACGAGGAAAGUACAUUUGAUUUCAGACUUCCACUUAAUACUAUGACACAAACUGAUUUCGUCGAAAAUGGUGCUUGGAAGAUUCUCUCAACCGAACUGUAUGUAGCCCAACAUAUAGAUAAUGAAUAUGUCGUUAUGGUGAUAAACUUUCAAAGACGUCCCCUUUUCAUAAUACUGAAUCUUCUCCUGCCAAUACUAGUAGUUGAAGUGUUGAACGUGUUUGUUUUCCUUCUUCCUCCCGAUCCGGGAGAGAGGAGUGCGUUUGGAGUAACUGUGCUGCUCUCCAUGGCAGUGUUUCUUUCUAUUGUGUCCGACAAAUUGCCCAGCACAUCAGACCCACACAUUGCCCGUGUUUCAAUAUACAUUGCUGCUGAACUGACACUUAGUGCGUUGAUUAUGUUAUUUGCAAUGAUAAGCCUUUUACUGUACAACAAGCCAGACGAUCAACCUAUCCCGGGGUGGAUCAGACGACUUGUGUCAAAACGUUCCAAACAGCAGAAACACAAACAACGAGACCCACGCGUACAUAGACAUAUGGACAACCCUGAAGUUGAUGUUCGCAGAGGUGUAAAACGAAGUAACCAGGGAAAUGGCCGUUACAAACAUGGAAUAGACUCAAUUGAAAUAUACAGAGGAUAUCACGUUGAACAAUUAAGACUCGGAGAACACCAAUGCAGUUAUACCCAGGACUAUAGAGACCCUCCAUACACCAGUUCUGAAGAUCUGUGUGAAGGGUCAACGGAUGUAGAGGAUACACCAAUCGUAACAUGGAAUGAUGUUGCUAAAGUGGUUCGACAAAUUCUGUUUGGCUUUAUUUUCAUUCUUAAAUAUAGUUAUCAUUGCAGCGAAAGGAAUAGACACUCUUAG